UCGAGAUAUAACUAAGCCUUCAGCGCUUAACAACACUUUUAUUGCAGUAUAUUCUUAUGGUAUAUUUGGAAGUUGCGGUCACAUUGGUCUUGUUUUUCCACACAACAACAAAAACUAUAAAUGGGAAGCAGUUGUUUGUUACCACAAAAUAAAAUAAAUGAACGACAUUGAGUUGAUCAAGUUGAUAGAAAACUAUCCCAUACUCUAUGACAAGGACAGUGCGCGCAGUGUCAAGAAUGCUGCCAACAAGGACGCCGCCUGGAAAACCAUUUCCCAGCAGUUGGGCGCUAGUGAAAGAGCCUGUAUAACGCGCUGGAAAAGCAUCCGGGAUCGCUUCGGCAAGGAGUUCCGACGUUUUCAGGAGCAUCCUGAGCAUCCCACGUAUUGGGACAUGUUUCCCCACCUGCUCUUCCUUAAGAAUCACUAUAAACACGGUCAGGUAAAACAUGAAUCGCUCGACAAUAUGAAAUUCGAGCCAAGGCAUCGAAAACCGCGUCGUCCACGCUUAGAGACCGAGCAGGAGAGGAAGCAGAAGGAGGAGGAGUGCGAGGAGGAUCCAGAAGAUAUCGAGCUGUGUCUGCAGCUGAUUGAACUGGUCAAAAUGCAUCCAGUAUUGUACGAUCGACAUAAAAUAAGGAACUCCAAGAAUCUCUCGGCCAAAAAUGAUGCUUGGCGUGCCAUCUCCGAGCAACUGAACGAGUCAGAAAAACUGUGUUAUAAUCGCUGGAAAAAGCUGCGUGAUCGCUUUGCACGGGAAUAUCGCAACCAUCAAAUAAAUCAAUCAACGCCCAUCUCCUGGCGCUAUUUCAAUGAACUGCUCUUUCUGGGGCGGCAUUUUCGCAAAGGAGUCCCACUGAUCAUUGAGAAUAUUAAGAAACGCGGACGUCCGCCUAAAUAUGCUCAAUGCCAGCAGCAGCAACGUCCGCCCAACACUGUUACAGGUCUUCAGAUUGAAGCUGGUGAACAAAUUUGGGGUGCUGAUUAUCCAUAUAGCACGGACAACGACCCUGAGGAGGAUGAGCUGGCGUAUGAGGAUCCGGAUGACAUUGAAGUUGUGUCCGAGCCGGAGGAAGGCGUUGCUUUUGUGCAAAUGGAGUUGUCUAUGGACCAGGAGCAGCAUCUGCCACAGCAAUAUAUCGAAGAAGUACCUGCCGAAUCUCUGGAGCCACAACAGCAACUCCAUGUGACAACCACAACCAUGCCCGCCAUAGUCGCCAGCGUCGACAACAUUCCCCUGAACAACAAGGAACAACUAACAACAGCUGAUUCAUCUGCGUCUGCUUUCAUAGAAAGUGUCGUGGAUGAAGAUGAAGAGGAGGAGGAUGCUGCGCCUACUGCUGAGAAAUUAAUUGGUGCCGUCAUCAGCAACAUGGAGACGGUGUUGCAGCAGUCCAAGGAUUGCCUUCAAGUCAUACAACAGGCUGCCUCAACAUCCACGCAAUCUAACAAUAGCCUGUUGAGCAAAGUGCAAAUGCUGCUAGAUGGUUUGAGUGCCGAGCAGCGCCGACAGGCUGAGCGAAAAAUUGUGCACUUCCUUUGCGAGUGUCAAAUAAAAACGCUCGAUGGUCAAGAAAUUGAGGAUGUGGCACCAUGCCACAUAUUCAAUUGACUUGCAAUACACAUAACGCUUAUGCAUUUAAUUGGCAAAAGUUGUAAGCUCUGCGAUAUAAAUGAUAAUAAAAGACUAUUCUUAAUAAAAUAGAA